AUGCAGCGGCAGCAGCAUCGCGUGCUGACUGUCGGGAGUGCCUGUACCGGACUUGCCAGUGAGCUCUUCGCAGCACGCCGCCUGAAUUUACGCGUUCGUUCCGUUUUUGGCUGUGACUGCGACUCUGCCAGUCAAACCUGGAAUCAAGAAAUGUGGGAGCACGAGCGUUUCUUCAACAAUGUCCUGAGCACCGAAUUUAUGGAGGAGCCCGAGUCCGAGUCAGCUGACAUUUUCGUUUGUGGGCCGCCCUGUCAGCCCUUUUCCCGCCACGGCCUGGGUCUUGGUCAGCUGGACCCACGGGCCGCAGCUUUCGACGCUUGCCUUCGAUGGAUCGAGUUGCGACACCCGCGAGUCUUCAUAAUAGAGAACGUGUGCGGGUUGCUUGAAAGCCACCCGCAGUUUCUUGAGUACGUGAUGAAGCGGCUGUCGUUGGUGCGGGCUGGUGGCCGCUCGGUCUACUUUGUGACCCUCAUGGUGCUCAACCCUCGCCUACACUGUGGUAUACCACAACACCGAGAGCGUGUUUUCAUCAUUGGCUGCCAAGCGGCGCACAUGGUUCGAGAGGUAGAAGUACCGCCGGAGGUGCCUAUGCAGAGCAUUCUGGCCUACACCCUGCCGGAGGAGCUGGUGAAUGUGCUGGAUCAACCGACGGUGCCUUCUGCAGGAAGCAAUGCUUGUCGCGUGCUCCAAGAGUCAUUGGAACGUAUCAUCCUUGCGGGUGGGGAUCCGGAGUCGGAGCCCUAUGUCAUUGACGUGGGUCGAUCCACACCCCACUACAACUACGACUAUUGUCCAUGUCUUACUCGGGCUCGCGCCGGGGGCAAGGGCUUCUUUCUGAGCUGGCGCAUGCGCCAUAUGUCCGUGUAUGAGAUGCUCAUGUUGCAGGGCAUACAGCCCGAGGAAGUGCUUGGCACUUCUCUUUCUCUCCCUCAGCUUGGAAAGCUGUGUGGCAAUGCAAUGUGUGUGGAUGUUCUCGCUCUGGUGAUGCAAUCUGCUCUUAGAGCUGUGGGGUUGCUGGAACCUGAUGCCUAG